AUGUACUGCACCAUUAAUUCCUUCUCCAACAACAUCCACACGCACCCAAAACCCAUGCAAAAAACUUGUUACACUACUUUUCCAGGCAUCCCCCAGUUAGGUGCUCGACUGCCUUCUCGUAGACAAGAAACUUGGGUGCCUGUCCUAAUUUCUUCUCAGGAAAAAACUACAGUCCAGGGAGAUAAUGCAGACACUGGAUCAUCGCUUGGAAAGAUAGCAUUAUCAAAUUCACUAUUUCUCUCCUCUCACAUAUCAAGAUUCCAAAAUUGCCUGAGAACCACCAUAUCCAAAUUCAUCGACCACCGGCGCCCUCCUCUUCAUCCUUCGGUCGAUCCAUGUCAAGUGUUCACGGGGAAUUUUGCUCCAGUGGAUGAACUUGAGCCCGCUAACUGCACUGUAGUGGAGGGUGAGCUCCCUGGCUGUCUAAAUGGUGUGUACAUUAGAAAUGGUUCAAACCCACAACACAUGCCUAAUGGUCCUCUCCAUUUCUUUGAAGGAGAUGGCAUGCUUCAUUCCAUGAGAUUAUCCGGUGGCCAAGCAACCCAUUGUAGUCGCUAUGUCAAGACUUACAAAUACAUGCUUGAGAAAGAAGCAGGUUUUCCCAUCUUUCCAAAUAUAUUAUCUGGCUUUUAUAGCCUUCCUGGCGUGCUUGCUUUUGUCAUGGCUGUAGGAAGGGUUCUGUGUGGCCAUAUCAAUCUCAUGAGAGGAUUUGGUUUGGCCAACACAAGUCUUGCUUUCUUUUCAAAUAAGCUCCUUGCACUUUGCGAGUCUGAUCUACCAUAUGUCAUUGGCAUGACACCAGAAGGCGACAUCGAGACACUAGGCAGAUGGGAUUUUGAUAGAAAGCUGUUUGCAAGCAUGACUGCUCACCCCAAGGUUGACAAGGAUACAAAGGAGACUUUUGCUUUCCAGUGCAACCCAACAUGUUUUCCUUAUGUCACUUAUUUUUACUUCAAUGAAGAUGGUGUCAAGCAAAGAGAUGUUCCCCUUUUGUCUAUAAAUCAGCCUACUCCUAUUCAUGAUUUUGCAAUAACCAAACGAUUUGCAAUUUUCCCAGAGACGCAGUUGGUGGUUGAACCAACAAAUGUCAUGCUAGGAAGAGGCAUGCCUGUGGUUUUUGAGCAAAAGAAAGUGCCAAGAAUUGGGAUCUUACCAAGAUACGCUGAGAGUGACUCAAAUACGAGGUGGUUUCCAGUCCCAGGGUUUAAUGCCAUGCAUGUCACCAAUGCUUGGGAAAAUGGGGAUGAUGAGGUGGUCUUGGUGGCACCAAAUGUGUUAAACAUUGAAAAUGUUUUUCACAAAAUAGAGAAGGUCCAUUUCUCAUUGGAAAAAUUGACUAUCAACACGAGAACAGGGAAAGUUUCAAGAAAGAUCUUGUCCAAAAGAAGUUUGGAGUUGGGAUCUAUCAACCCUUACUAUAUUGGCAAGAAAAAUCGCUAUGCUUAUUUGGGAAUUGCUGAAAAGGUACCAAAGAUGUCAGGUUUAGCCAAGAUUGAUUUGGAAAAAGAAUGCGAAGUCUCGAGGAGGCUUUAUGGGCCAGGUUGCUUUGGAGGGGAGCCAUUGUUUGUUCCUAGAAAAGCAAAUGCUGUGAAAUCCGAUGAAGACGAAGAUGAUGGAUUUGUGGUGAGUUACGUGCAUGAUGAGAACUCCGGUCAAUCAAAUUUUACUGUUAUGGAUGCCAAGUCUCCAAAUCUUGACAUUGUUGCGAAAGUUAAACUUCCUAGACGUGUUCCAUAUGGUUUCCAUAGCCUCUUUGUAAGUCAAGAUAGCUUGUCAAAUAACUGGUAA